UAACUGCCUACUUUUUAACCGAUAUUUUCUCUGUAAACAUAAAAUUUCAAACAUUAUUUAUAAAAUUGUCCAAGAUAGAACAUGGUUUUAUACACGCGUGUGUGUAUUUAAGGAUAGCCUAGCUGUUUCGUUAAAUAUUUUCAGUCAAGGAGCCUUCAAUCUUGCUAACCUGUGCUUAAUGCUUGAGCAACUUUUGUUCCGUCUCAGACGACCCAUGUUCGUCCCUGUAACCAACUCUGGACGCCAGCCUGAAUUAAACUAGCACUCUUUGCAGGCUGAUCUUUACAGCUGGAGACAUGCCGACAUGGCCUCUUAAUCUGGGGAAAAGUACACUAUCAUGGAUGACUCGGACCAGGAUUUCGCAGAUCUCUGCUCAAAGCUCCUGAAACGAGUCCGCAAGAAACCAGGUGAGCCGCGACAGCCGAGGAAAGCAGAGCAGCAGCCCUCCAGUCAGGCAAGCGAUGGAGACAAGAGGAGGAGACAUCACAAAAAAGAUGGUGACUCUGGGUCUAAGUGUGCUGGGACCCAGCCUGUUUGUACAGGCGAAGAAGCAGUACAGCAUGUGGUCUCUGGAGGGACUGGUCAAGAUUCAGGAGACUCUGGGUUGUUAGCAGGACCAAAAGCUGACAGAGGUUUGUCAGCAAAAGACAAAGUGCUCCAGAGAAUGCAACAGUUCAGGCGAGUCAGUCCACAGAGGAUGGUGCACAAGGACAAGAGCCUUACCGCAAACCACGAGAGUGGCUGUGUUCCUCCGCCAUCUCUGGAUCCUCUGCCAUCUGUGGAGCAAAGACAAGAUAGCCCAGAAUCCCUCGACUCAGGCCUCCAGCCAGAGCCCCAGGACAGUGAUGAAGCUCUAGCCCUUCGGCUGCAGCAGGAGCUGGACAUGGAGGCAGCGCAAGUCCAGAUUGUGGACCUGGAGGACGGAGGUCUUUUCUUCUGUCAUAUCUGCCAGAAAGACUUGUCACACAUGACUCCCGAGGGGCGAACACAGCACCUCAACAGGUGUUUAGACAAGAGUGAAGAGAGUGUCUCAGCCUGUCCUCCUCCUCCCCUUCCCGGUGUCCCUGACUGUCCCAUUUGUGGCAAGAAGUUCAAGUCCCAGAAGAGUCGCUCGGCCCACCUGAAGCGCUGCUCCUCAGACAUGGGCGUCCCUCCUGCUGUACUGCUGCAGGCUGUGCAGAGACAGGCUGAGGAGACCCAGAAUUUCCCCACUGCUAACAGAUUCACAGAGACUGGAGGCACCAAAAAAAGAAAAGACCCAUCCAAGCAAGGUCUCCCAGCAAGGAAGAAGCCCAGGAAGAAGACUGAGGCCCUAGAUGAAGACACCAUGGUGGCACUGGCUCUGUCUUCCUCCCUGCUGGAACAGGAGAAGGCGUCAGAAAGACCGUUGCAAACAGAGACGGCUGCCGCUCACAUCCCCACGACCCCAGUGUUGAAGUGGAGACCAGACGCAGUUUUCGGUGCAGGUAAGGGGCGUGGGAAGAGGAGAAAGGGAGCUGUCCCUCGUCCCCCUCCACUCCUCCUUGUUCAGGAUGCUGAGACGGCCCUGACGAGGCUGCAGGAACGUGUCUCUUCGCUCCUUCUAUGCAGCCGGGCCCCCUCUCCCCCCACCCCGACCCGCUGCUCCAGCACCCUGCCUGACUGGAGCGGUGCUGCCCCUCUCUGGCAGAAGAGUGCACUACUGGAUGAAAGCUCCACCCGUUUUUGUGAUUUCUACACCCCAGAGCUCAGAGGGUUCAUCACACCAUGGGAAUCGGCAACGACUGAUGCAGCGUCCUCCAGCACCAUCAGCAAGCCUGAGUUUUCUGUCCAGCCUCCGAGGAAAGGGACUUCUGUUGCAGGAACCAGGUCUUCCAUUGUGCCAUCCUCCUCUCAGAGUGCUGCCUCCUCUCCGGCUCCCUCCACCCCAGGGACUGAGCAGCUCCCAGUGGGCAGCCAGAUACUCCAAGACCUAAUGGAGCUGGCUGAAGAUGGCAUGACCCUCACCCAGUGUGGUUACACAGCUUCAGGCCCUAACAGUGAGAGGAGUGCCGGACUAAUCACAAACCUUCAUCUGAGCGGCUUCGUCCUGGAGGAGUCAGAGGAGCGGGUUGACCUCUGUGUGAGCGGCUUUCUACCAGAAACAACGCAUACACAUUCAGAUGACAGCCACAGCCGAGUGAAGAGGACGAAUGGUCAACCAGGAGUGGAGACGGCGCGAGACAGCCACCAAACAGUGGCGCUGUCCAGACUGGCCUCAGACCUGAGCAGCAUGGUGAACAACCCUCAGCUCAGUGAUUUACAGCUCCAGGUGGACAGUGGCGAGGUUUACUUUGCUCAUUCCUUCAUGGUGUACACUCGCUGCCCCCUGCUGGCAGAAAUGGUUCAUGAAAGCGGUUUUGGGGUGCAGGAGGAGGGACUCCCUGCAGCCCAGAGGGUGUUGAUGAACGAUGUCCCGGGACAGGCAGUGUUUGCUUUGCUGCAGUACCUCUACACAGCUCAGUGCUCCAUCCCAGCAUCACUGCAGCCUCAUGUACUGGAGCUUGCUUACAGGUUUGACUUGCAGGAGCUACAGCAGCUUUGCAAUCUCUGUCAAGAGGAUGCAACAACUCAAGAAGAUGGGGAACACGUGAACCAGGAGAAUAUCAACAACAAAACAGACGAGGCCUUCUUGGAGCUGCUCCGGUCAAUGUGGAAUGAAGAGGAUGACGACAACGAGGGAACGGAUACAGAUGGAGGAAGCGACAAAGAGAGAGGACUAGAAGAAGCCUGUCAUACCGAUGACGUUGCGGCAGGUGACAAGGAGAUUUGUGAGGAGAAAGUGAAUGAGGAAGAGCUGGAGGAGAUCUAUGAGUUUGCUGCCACGCAGAGAAAGAGGUUGGAGAAAGACAGCAUGGAGGAGGUAGAUGAGGAUGAAGAUGGAGAAGAAGUGUUCACUAAACUGGCAGAACCCAAAAGAAGCUCAACAGGCUUCAGUGUAACAAAUCUGCAGCCAAAUCCUCUCCUUCAGCCAGACCCCAGCCUGGAUCGCAGCUACAGCCGCCUGUUCUCAGACUCCUGGGGGGUCUACGAUGAAGGAGAUCCCUACUCCUUACCGUCUACAUCUGGCCAGCCAAAGACACACACCCCUCGAUCCCAGAAACACGAGGGGACUGCCUCUCAUAAACCGUCAUCUAAAAUGUCCAACAGAACUUUGCUUCAGUCUUCAGCAAGCAUGGUCGAUGACCUCUCCCUCAGCCAUCCACCCAUUGCAUCCAACCUGCCCAUCCCAGGUCAGUCCCCUGGACAAGAUGCUGUUGAUGUGGACAUGUCUGCACAAAGUCGCCCUUUGAACCAAGAAAGCCAAGGUCCUCGUAAUAUUUGUGGCCCCAUUUCUCCUGAUUUGCUGCUGAAAAAGAAGGAACCCGAGCUUAUAGUUUUAUCUGACUCAAGUGAUGAGCCGGAGGUAGUUCUUAGUUCUUGCAGUGCUUCUCCACAUUCUCCUUACACCACCCAGAACAUACAGAGCUACACCCAGGUCAAACCUCACCCGGCCCUGAGACCUGUUGAACCCAUCUUUGAGAAUAAAGAGUCCAGCAGUUUAGACAUUAGCCCUGAGGUUUUAUCUGCCGUGCCAGUUGAAACAUGUGACCAAAGUCCGCUUGACUGUUCUCCUGAAGUGUCCUGGCUGAUCCCAUCCACACCACUCCAGCAUGGACAAAGCACCACAAACAGCUCCACGCAGACCAGAAGCAGCAUGUGCAGGACGCAGCUGUUCCCUAAAGGUGACACACCCUCACCCUCAUCUCCUGUCUCCUCUUCGUUUAAUAACAGACGUCAGACUGCCAACAGUCCAACACGACCUUCUCCCCACGUCGGCCCAGCAGAGGGAAGCGUUCCCAGGUUAAAACUGAAGGAGAUGGUCCACUGUAGCUCCAACUCUGAUCUCAACCUUUGCUCUAAAGGAACCAGCAGUUGUGACGGGAGCAAAGUUACAGAAGUCUUUGCAGUUCACCUGAGCCAAUCUAAGAGUACACACACACACCUUUCAAGUUCAACAUCCUCAAAGCAGGAUACAUUCCUCCCCCUGCACCCCCAACCUUACAGCAGCACUCCCCUGCACACUCAGCUCCACCAGCCUCCUGUUUCUCUUGCCACCCCCCUGCUCCACAGCAACCUCGAUAAGCAGAGGUCGACAAGUCAAGGGAGAGAUAGUGUGCCAUCUGAUAGUCCAGUGAACACAGAGCUGGAGAGCUUUCAUCUCUCCCCCUUGUCCGACCCUUCAUAUCCACCCUGUUCUUCCACCCACGGAGCGCUCAAUUGUUCACGGAGACACAGCGACUCCUCUCAUCAAGGUCGACAAUCGGCAGAGUUAAGUAGCUGUGAUAACAAAGGAGUUGAGCCAACAAGGAGAGUAGUAAGACAUGAUGUGGGAGAAGGAGAGUGUGAAAAUAAAGGCCCAGUUGAUGGAGAGAAGCUGGAAGAAGCAACAGGAGAAAAUGCAGUGACAGAGGUCGCAGAAUGCAGUUUUCAGCAGAGCUUCAUGGCCAUGGAUGAGCCUCCCAUAGCUUUCAAUGACUCGUGGGGGCUCGACGUCUGUGUAGAUGCCAACCCGGGCUGCUUCAGUCUGAGGCUGGAGGACAGCAGAGGAUCCAGCCAGCAGGAGCACAGCCUGGGACACCGAGAGACAGCCAGGUCAUCUUCCUCUACCUUCUGUCGGUCUUCCCCAUCUGAGCACAAUGUCCGUUUACUGAAGAGCCCUGGCAGUGUGACCACCUGCUCUCCCUCCAAAGCCCACAGCUCCCAACCAUCCACCAGUGUACAGGCUCAUACAGACCCUUCAUUCACCCCCUCACCACCUGGCCCCAACCCCAGGACUACGCCAGAGAUCAACAACAGCCUCCUGGACUCUAAAGUAUGGGACAGCUGGGAGGAGGAAGAGGUGGAGGUUCUUCCUCUCUCUCAAAGGGUAAACCCUUCUGUCCAUCUCAAAACACCUGUAUCAUCACGUAAUAAAAGGCGUCGUACCUUGGUGCCCAUCACUCCCAUGCCCCACUACUCUGACAUGGACACACCAGAGCUCAAGAACAAACUCAACAGGUUUGGUGUACGGCCUUUACCGAAGCGCCAGAUGAUCCUCAAACUGAAGGAGAUCCACCAGUACACCCACCAGCUGGUCAACUCCGACUCUGAGGAUGAGGGAGCCUCUGUGGACCGUCCAACUCAUACGAAGCCUCCACUCAGCAGUUUGGUGGCCAACGGCAGCAGGUCGCUCUCCUGCGUCCAAACAGAGAAGUUUAAAGAGCCCAGAGCACCGGCCGCUGCCUCCCCUCUGAAACACAACAGAGAGGAGGAGGCCGAGCUGCUGUCUGCCUCGCAGGGCUCCAACACCUCUUCAACUGCUGCCAGUGAAGAAUCUGAAAGCAGGUCCAACCCAGAGCUGUGCCUCUCCUCUGAUGGCGACUCAGACAGCGACGGCGGCAUCUCUGCCUCCCAGGUGGCGACACGCCUCCAGGAUCGCCUCAGGGCGUUACGUUCUUUCAUACUGUCUGACUCCGACCUGUACACUCAGAUCCUCCAGUACCAGCCUCUGGUCCUGUCCCAGCUCCAGGAGCGACUCAAAGCGGCCGGGAUCCGCUUGGGUGCUGCGAAGCUGGUGGACUACCUGGACUCCCAGUGCAUCACUUUCACCACAGCCAAACCGGGCCACUCAGCACCCAGCCGUAGGCGGGGCCAGAGGGCGGGCAAGAGGCCAAAGGCAGCGGGAGGAAGUGGAGCGAGCAGGAAAAGAGGCGUUACAGCGGUGCAGUAAAACUUUGACUGCAGGAACAGUUUACAUAACUGUGAAAGAAGGAGGGUUUUACUUUAGUGGAGAACAUUUGUGUGAAAAAGACUUCACUGUUUACCACUUUGUUUUUAAAACUUUUAAUAUUUUGUUUCAGAUGUUUCAUUCAUUGUGAACUCUCACUGUGAAAAUAAAACAUGUAAAUGUUGA